GGAAGAGCUCAGCCGGAAGCGGGCUCGGCAGCCGGUCCGCCGCCAUGCUGCUGUGGCGGCGCCUGGCGGCCCCGCGGGGUCCGGCCCUGCGGCGCCUCUCGGGGAGCGCGCGGGCUCCGGCGCCGCGGCCGCUGUACAUGGACGUGCAGGCCACCACCCCGCUGGAUCCCAGGGUCCUGGACAGCAUGCUGCCCUACCUGACAGCCUACUACGGCAACCCCCACUCCAGGACGCACGCCUACGGCUGGGAGAGCGAGGCUGCCAUGGAGAAGGCGAGGAGGCAAGUUGCCGAUCUCAUAGGAGCUGAUUCAAGGGAAAUUAUAUUUACCAGUGGUGCAACGGAAUCAAAUAAUAUGGCAAUUAAGGGUGUUGCAAGGUUCUAUAAAUCCAGGAAAAAGCACAUCAUCACUACGCAAACAGAGCACAAGUGUGUUUUGGAUUCGUGCCGUUCCUUGGAGUCAGAAGGGUUUCGGGUCACAUAUCUGCCUGUUAAAAAAAAUGGGCUCAUAGAUUUGAAGGAGCUGGAGGCUGCAUUCCAGCCAGACACAAGUCUGGUUUCUGUGAUGACUGUGAACAAUGAAAUCGGAGUAAAGCAACCAGUUGGUGACAUUGGUGAGAUCUGCCGUGAACGUAAGGUUUUCUUCCACACAGAUGCUGCACAAGCGAUUGGUAAAAUCCCUAUGGAUGUCAACGACAUGAAAAUUGAUCUAAUGAGCAUCAGCGGCCAUAAAAUUUAUGGGCCCAAAGGGGUUGGUGCUAUCUAUGUUCGCCGUCGACCACGUGUCAGGCUGGAGCCCCUGCAAAGUGGUGGGGGCCAGGAGAGAGGGCUGCGGUCCGGGACUGUGCCCACGCCUUUGGCAGUGGGGCUGGGGACAGCCUGCGAGGUGGCACAGCAAGAGAUGGAGUACGACCACAAGCGAAUCUCACAACUGGCAGAGCGACUGGUUACAAAAAUAAUGAGUGAAGUUCCGGAUGUGGUUAUGAAUGGAGAUAGAGAGCAUCGCUAUCCAGGAUGUAUCAAUUUAUCUUUUGCAUAUGUGGAAGGAGAGAGUCUUCUGAUGGCCCUCAAAGACGUGGCACUGUCUUCAGGCAGUGCUUGCACAUCAGCCUCUCUGGAGCCUUCCUAUGUUUUGCGGGCAAUCGGAACAGAUGAAGACUUGGCUCACUCAUCUAUAAGAUUUGGCAUUGGUCGUUUCACUACAGAGGAAGAAGUGGAUUAUACAGUGCAGAAGUGCAUCCAGCAUGUUAAGAGGCUGAGGGAAAUGAGCCCUCUCUGGGAAAUGGUGCAGGAUGGAGUCGACCUCAAGAGCAUUAAAUGGACUCAGCACUGAGAAAACCUCGCUAUCCAUGGACUGGGUGUAGAUGGGGCUUACAAUGCAUUUUCUGUACAUUCCUGAACAAAUUAUGCAGCACUUCAGGGUUUUGACACUUGCAAUUUGACUGGAAAACUGCUCUUUCUGAUCACAAAGUCUGAGAAGCCAGUAAUGAAACUCAUCUUUAUCCCAAAGAAAGGCAGAAUGAUAGAACAGCCACUGCAUUUGCGUUGGCACACAGAAAUUUAUGCUAAAGCAUAAUUGAUUUGGAAAUGAUUUUCUAAUAAGGAAAUGAGAUCAGUGUGUUACUCCUGGCCCCUACAGGUGGCUGCUUCUCAGUGUAAAACAUCCCGCGUAGCUGUUCUGUUUGCAGCCCGUGUUCUGCUUGUGGCUGGCGUCCUGCAGCAGCAGCUGCUUUUGCGCUGCUCAGAUGCGUUGGUUGCGAGCAGCUCUCAGACAGAAGAAGCUUGGCAUUUUCAGAGAAGGAUGCCUCGGUGUGGCCGUGUGCCUUUACAGCUGAGUUGGACAUGCAGUUUUAAGAACAGGGUUUUUGUCUAAAACAGUAUUUUUGUUGUUUUUUUGGGAGUGAUGCUGGUUCCGAAUAGUGUGCGUUCACCCAAAGCCUCCUACUGCGUUAUGGUGUGAUAGCACUGAUGAUGCACUUUGCUGUCCCCUCCACUGUGCUCUUUCCAUUCAGUUUUUUUUCUAACUAAGGAAAGGAAACAUGAAUGCCUGGGGAUGGGGAUAUGUGGAAAAUGUCUGCUUCAGUUGCAGUGCUGGUUUAGGUGGAACGUGGGGAAGGUGGAGAACAGAUAAAGUGUGAUGUCUUGAUGGAGUCUGGGGUUUUGUUGUUUUGGCCUUUUUCCUUCCCUUGUGACCUGUCCUUUGCUGUUACCCAGUUUGCCUCUGGGCUGCUCGUUGGCUUCUGUCCUUUCGGGGAGCCUUGCCCACUGGAGCCUGGAUGUUUGGUCUGGAGAUCAGAACAUAAGGCUCUGGAGCGGUCUCUGUGUGACGGCCGGUACUGCGGUCUGACCAGAGACUUCCAUGGGAGUCCCUUCCCUGCAAAUGCUGGAGGAAUUGUCAGUGGAAAAGUGUUUGGUGAGAUCAAUUCCUGCCAGCGUUUCUCCUUUCUUAACUCUUCCCAGUAUGAAACUUAUCCCUGUGUUCCAAAGUGCCUUUGUGAAACAUGAGCAGACAGUGCUCGGAUUAGUUGUGUGGAUGGAUAGAUGCUGUAUCAGCUGCUGAAUUCCAUGUCCCCUAUGGAAAGUACGUCCAGUUCGGGAUGGGGUCUGCCUCCAGGGGGAACCACAUGAUGGAAAAGCCAAAGCUCAGGCUCACAAGGCCUGAAUUGCGUUACAGAAGCUUGUCCUUUGUUUUGUUUUGUCACCAAGGACAGAUGUGGUUGGUUGGAAUGUGAAGCUAAUCCACAAUUAUUCUGUUUGCAAUUAUUAGCUUUAGCAGCUUUAAUGUUGUAGGGAUGGCACCUUAUAUUUCAUCGCAACAUUUUGAAAGCUACCAUGUGCACAAAUAGGCUUUAGACGUGUUGUGUGUUCUGUAUUAUCCUUGAGCCGUGCCUGCUUUCUGGAGUAAGCAUGCGGCAAAGCUUCACAGCGCGUUUCAGAACUGUAUGUUUAUGAAAUUGUGUUCCAUGGAUGAUAAAAAAUAUAGAUAAGUCUGAAACGUGGCUACUUUCAGUCUGUUGGGAUCCACCUUUCUGGCUGAGCUCUACAGCACGAGCAGUUGCUAAAUUGCCGCCUUUCAUUAGAGAGCAGAGAAAGACAAACUCCUCAGCUUGCUGUGAACACUGUUCGAAGCUCAUUCUGUCAUCGAGUUGACAUCACUUUUGACAAGCCAUUUUUCUCAAACUCAAUGCCUGAGCUGAGCUAAUUUGGGUUUUAAAUUCGAAUAGCUUUAAUUCUGAUCAUUUCAAGAAAAGGAAGCCCAAAAUCUUGAAGAUUUAAAAUAUGGAAA